AUGACCAUACCCUUGCGGUUAGAGGCCUAUGUUGAGACAAAUGCGCUCAUGAUGGUGGUUUUGGAUAGACGCGAGUUCGAGACGAUUGUCGAGGGCCUUUCGGACGCGCUUGACUUUACGAGGACGAUCGGCGCUGAUGCGGGUCCGUCGAGUGUCGCGUACGAGCAGGGCGGUGGAAGGGGUACCUUAGGUGAAGUCGACUUUUACACUAGCCACGAAGGCCUGAUGCUCGCGUACGAGUCUGCCCUUACACGCGAGCUGCCCGUUCCUGCCUCUGUUGCCCUCUCCUCUAUGGCCACCUCGUCCUCGACCCCAGCUCAAAACCAAAACCAAAACCAAAAUCAGGCAACAUCAAAAGCGUACUAUAACACCGGCGCGCACUUUCUCUGGAUCGGCGACCGUACACGGCAGCUUAACGGCGCGCACGUGGAGUACUUCCGCGGGAUCCGGAACCCGAUUGGGAUCAAGGUCGGCCCGAGCAUGGGCGUCGAGGAGCUUGUGAGGGUGUUGGACGGUGAGUACUUCGAGUUGAAGCGCGGUCGUACGAGACGCAUUGUCGACGGUGGCUUUUUCCCUGCGUUGAUGGACGUAUGGAUGGGUGUGUCGAUUCGCGGCUUCGAGAUUCUGGUUAGAAGAGGGGGCGGCGCCAGUGCCAAGAAGUGGCGUAUUCUGCUCGUUUGGCUCGAUGUACUUCACCCCUCUGUCUACGUCUUUCCGACGCGCGGUGGCGAUGAUCCCUUGACGUCGACGUCAAUGGCGCCUCUCUUCUUUCUUUCCGUUCUUCCCUCGAGUGUUGAUGUCGAUGAUUUCGACGUUCAUGAUGCUGAUGGGUGCUGUGGCGUCACACUCCAUCUCCCAAUCCAUCUGGAAAUUCGGCGUUCGGGACGUACGAUCGCCCCACCGAAGCUCGAAGCUCGAAGUUCGGAGGAUGCAGGAACAGGAGUAGGAGGUCUCGUGGGCUUCGCGUGGUCGAACGACUCGCGGGAUCCUUGA